AUGUGGCGGGUGACAGUCAGUUGCCUGAUCCUGUUGAUCGUGCCAACGAUCAGCAAGGAGCUGGCCGAUGGAAGGGAUGACGUUGAACUGCCCCAAGCGCAGGAGCCUGAUCUUAUAAACUACGACGACUAUAACCCCUUCGGGGAAGAUGAAAACGCAGUUAUUGCUGAGCGAGACUUCCGGGGUACCUCCGUAGCUCCUGCCGUGAAAUGUAUAGAUAUAGGCAGAACUUGGUCCGAUAGCGACACCUGGAAAAGAGAUAACUGUACACUGUGCCAAUGUUUCGGGGGACGCGUCAAUUGCUCUGUAUUGCCAUCUUGCCUAUCAGCUCCCAGUACUAGUCGGACACCUUUAUUAACUUCUCCUCAACCAUCGGUAACAGUUCGUGGAAUACCCGGCGUACCAGGUGAUGGAGGACCUCCUGGGCCUCCGGGCUCCCCCGGUGUUAGUGGGAUCCCAGGUGCACCAGGGAUACCGGGGCCAAUCGGACCUAUGCCGGAUGUAAACGCAUACUUAGCUCAGUUAGCGGCGUCCGCUGGAGCAGGAGAUAAAGGACCUCCAUUUGAUCCUUAUCACUAUAUGCAGGCUUCUGUUGGUGCACCUGGGAUAAGAGGAAUACAAGGGCCACAAGGCCCGCCCGGGCCGCAAGGAUUUCAAGGACCACGGGGAGAACCUGGUGAACCCGGUCUCCCUGGACCACAUGGACCACCUGGAGAAAGAGGACCGAUUGGUCUGACCGGAAAAGAUGGUACACCAGGAGAAGAUGGGGAACCUGGACCACCUGGUACUGCAGGCCAACCUGGUUCAAGAGGAUCGCCUGGAGUUCCCGGAAUUCAGGGCUUAAAAGGACAUAGGGGCUUCGACGGAAAAGACGGCGUAAAAGGAGAUCAAGGAGUUGCUGGCGAAAAGGGGCCUACUGGCUUACCAGGUCAAAUGGGACCUCCUGGGCCUAUAGGACCAACGGGUCCGCGGGGCGAGCGUGGUCGUGAGGGUUCACCUGGAACGCCUGGUAUGCGAGGAGUUGAUGGUGCUCCUGGUCCACCUGGCAUGAUCGGAAAUAUUGGAAAACCGGGAUCGCCAGGAUUUCCAGGAUCACCCGGAAUAAAAGGUGAAAGCGGUAUACAGGGGCCCAAAGGAAGCCAAGGAAUUCAAGGACCAAGAGGUGAACCUGGAAGACCAGGUCAGCCCGGCGAAGGAGGCCCACCGGGUCUUGCAGGCAGAGACGGAAUCCCUGGAGAAAAGGGAGUUCAAGGACAAGCUGGGGCAACAGGACCGCAAGGAUUUCCAGGUCCUAGAGGAAUCCCUGGUGUAGCUGGCGAUCCUGGAAUACCGGGUUCAAAAGGAAUGCCUGGCCAACCUGGAGAUAGAGGUCUUAAGGGUGAGAUGGGCAUAAGAGGUGAGGCAGGCGCACCAGGCCCAAGAGGUUUACCUGGAGUAGUUGGACCUGAAGGAAAGCGUGGCAAACGAGGCUUAAGGGGACCAGCUGGGAAUACUGGACCGCAAGGAGAAAGAGGACUUCAAGGUAUGAGGGGUUUACCUGGCUCUGAUGGACCUAUGGGUGUAAAAGGACAGCCUGGGGAACGAGGAAGUGUAGGAUUGCCGGGAUUAAAAGGAAGUAUUGGAGAUCCUGGAAGACCUGGACCACAAGGUCUAGCAGGGCAACGAGGGGUAAUCGGUAGACCUGGUAUUACUGGAAAAUCUGGGCCUCCUGGAGAAAGAGGCAUACCUGGAGCCGAUGGCCGGCCCGGUGAACAAGGAUCUCAAGGGUUGCAAGGACCUCCAGGGUUAAUAGGCAGUCCAGGAGAAAGAGGUUUGCAGGGUCCACCCGGUAAAGACGGUGAAAUUGGUCUAACUGGACCUCAAGGACCAAAAGGAGAUGCGGGACGAGACGGAAACCCAGGUAUACAAGGAUUACCAGGAGCAAUUGGUCCUUCUGGUGAACGUGGACUUGCAGGGCCUACAGGUCCUACAGGAUUUCCGGGUAUGCCAGGAUCAGCUGGACUUCCUGGAACACCAGGAAAAGAUGGUGAACCCGGUCCAGCGGGCCCUGUUGGUCAAACUGGACAAGUUGGCCCACGUGGUGAAAGAGGGUUCCCGGGUGAACGGGGUCAAGCAGGAAUACCUGGAAUACCGGGAGAAAAAGGAGAAAGCGGAACACAGGGAUUAGACGGUUUACCGGGACCGGAAGGGCCACAAGGUAGUAAGGGCCAUCAAGGUCCAAUGGGACUUAUGGGUUUACCGGGACCUCGAGGCUUGACAGGUCUAGCAGGCGAAAAAGGCGAAAGAGGAUCACUUGGCCCCCAAGGGAUUGAAGGCCCACCUGGACGUCAAGGAGAACAAGGACCUCAAGGACCUAUCGGCCCAUCUGGGCCACCCGGAGAACCAGCUGAAAGAGGAGAACCAGGAGCUCCUGGAGUUUCAGGUGAACCAGGUGCUACAGGUUCCACUGGAGAAAGAGGUCAGCCAGGAAUGCAAGGAAUUCCAGGUUUAGCAGGGCCACCUGGUUUGACCGGUAUGCCAGGCUUGAAAGGGGAUAGAGGUUAUGCUGGCGCAAAAGGGCAGCAAGGAUCGCCAGGAAAUCGAGGUAUAAAUGGAGAACCUGGCCAAAGAGGGCAACCUGGACAGGCGGGCGCUAAAGGCGCACGAGGAGAUACAGGAUUAAAAGGAGAUAUCGGUCGUGCUGGUCUUCCCGGAAGACCUGGUGAUUUAGGACCUCCUGGUCCACAAGGUAGUGCUGGCCCGGCAGGAAUUCCAGGAAUCCCAGGAGCAAAGGGAUCAUCGGGUGAGGCUGGCAGAACAGGGUCCCCGGGUGCUAUUGGUCUUACUGGACCUCAAGGCCCGGACGGACCAAAAGGUGAAAGAGGUAGUGAAGGGGAACAAGGUUUGCCAGGUCCGGUAGGCCCACCGGGUUCUAGUGGAGAAAGAGGACCAACUGGCCUGCCGGGUUUAACAGGGCCACCAGGACCUCAAGGGUUACGAGGUGUACAGGGAGAAAGUGGUUCGCCAGGAAAGCCGGGUCUUGACGGUGCACCCGGACCUACAGGCGUUCCUGGUCCUCAAGGACAACCUGGACCAAUGGGAGAACCUGGACCAGAAGGACGACCUGGUAAACUAGGACAGCCAGGAAUACCCGGCCGUCCUGGAGACAAAGGUCCAAUGGGACAGCCUGGACAAUCUGGUCCCAGCGGACCACCCGGAAUUCAGGGCCCAACCGGGCCUGGAGGUCCACCUGGUCCAAGUGGAGAGCGAGGCCUCAGAGGAGAGCCAGGUCCUGCUGGAAUAGAUGGUCCCCAAGGCCCUGUUGGUAAACAGGGAAUACCUGGGCUGGAUGGGGCAAAAGGUGAACGAGGCGAAGCAGGCUCAGAUGGUGCCAAAGGUCAUGCCGGUUUACCUGGCUUACCGGGACUUGUAGGAACUCCGGGCAGACCAGGAGAAAGAGGACUACCGGGUUCUAUGGGCGCUCCAGGAAAAGAUGGGGAUUCCGGACCAAGAGGUCUACCUGGUCGUGAUGGUAGUACUGGGCCGCAAGGUCCACCUGGUCCAUCUGGUGGUCGCGGGCCACCUGGCGAGCCAGGCCGACAUGGAAGCCCAGGGCCCGCAGGACCUCCUGGUCCUCCGGGUUCUCCAGGUGAAGGAUUAGCGUAUGACGCAGCUGCCAUUGCUGCUAUGCUGCAACAAGGUUCAAUGAAAGGACCAGAUCCUCUCGGUGACGAUCCAAAUAUACCACCCAGAUUUUUCAAAGAAGAUAUGCCAAUGUCUGAGAGAAAGGAAAUCGUUAUGAAGGCUUACGAACGCUUCAAAGUUUCAUUAGACAAGUUUUUGAAACCAGAUGGAACUAAAGAAGCACCAGCUAAAACUUGCAGUGAUAUCAAGUACCACCAUCCAGAAUUUACUAGUGGUCAGUAUUGGAUAGAUCCAAACGGUGGAGAUAUAAAUGACGCUAUUCUUGUUUACUGUGACAUGGCAAGUGGUUCCAGCUGCGUGUAUCCAAAACCCAUGCAGUCUAAGGACAUAUCUUAUCAUGGCAAGAAUGAAGCUUGGUUGAGUGAAAUGGAAGACGGAUUCACAAUUUCCUACAAAGCGGAUAACAGUCAGCUCACCUACCUCCAACUGCUAUCCUUACAUGCUGUACAAAAUGUGACGCUGCACUGCCGGAACACUAUCGGUUACUACGAUCCAGCUUCAAAGAAUUACAGACAUGGUUUGAAGCUACUGGCUUUCAACGAUGCCGAAAUAUUGCCAAAAGCCAAUAACCGACUGCGGUACAAAGCGCUGUUGGAUGAGUGUCAGCACAAGCAACAAAAGUGGGCGAAGACCAUAGUGCAAUUUGAAACGGACAAAUCGAAUCGGCUGCCUUUGCUGGAUGUAGCUAUACGUGAUGUUGGACGUCAGAACCAAAUGUUCAGAAUUGAACUUGGAUUAGCUUGCUUCACUUAA